AGUGUAAUUAUACCUUCAAAUUCUUCAAAUAAUGUUUUAAUUAAUUCUAUACCACACCUUUAUAAAAUAUCUAAUAAUAAUAAGAAUAAGAUUGGUGGUAGUUUAGUUAUUCAUAUUGCUUUAGAUAAAAAUGAAUCAUAUCAAUUAGGUGAUUAUACCAAUAUUAUGGCUUUAAGGCAAACUGGAUUUGCUUUAUUACAUUCUAAUGGUGGUCAAGAAACUUCAGAUAUGGCUUUAAUUGCUCAUUCAAUUGCUUUAAAAACUGGAGUUUCCGUUAUACAUUUCUUUGAUAAUGAUGAAUCAAAAGGAAAAAUUAAGAAGUUCGGAAAUGACGAGAUUAAAAAACUCGUCGAAGAAUCUGAUAUUAAACAAUAUCGUGAUUAUAUUUUAGCUUCAAACGAAAAUAAAUCUACCGAACUUUACUUUAGAUCUUAUAAUGGUAUUCCAUUAUCAGCCGAUGACCAACAAGAUGAAACAACUGCAAAUGAAGAUUCUAAAAAUAACAACAAAAACAAUAAUAAUAAUGAUGAUUUUUUCAUUAUCACCGAAAAUAUAUUUGAAAAGUUUAAACAAAUAACAAAUAGAUCUUAUAAAUUAAUUGAUUUUUCUGGUGAUGAAAAAUCAGAAUCAAUUAUCAUUACUUUGGGUUCCGGAGCGUCACUUUUAAAAAAAAAUCUUUUUGAAAAAACUGAAAUUACAAAUAUCGGUUUACUUAAAGUAAGAUUAUAUCGUCCUUGGUCUGAUCAAUAUUUACUUAAGAAUGUUCCAAAAUCUGUAAAAAAUGUUGCUGUAUUAGAACAAGUUAUACCUCGUACAACCAAAUGGACUCCUUUGUAUUUAGACGUUGUAUCAGCUUUUCAAAAUCGUAAUUAUUGGUCUGGACAAUCACCUCUUAUUAUAUGUGGUCAAUAUGGUGCUUUAAAAAAAGAUUCAAUUGAUACCGAAGUUUCGCAACUAUUUGAAAAUCUUAAUUCAAGUGAACCUUCUCGUAAUUUUAUUCUUGGUAAAGAAUUACCCAAAUCACAUACGAAAGAUAUUACCGAUUUUAAUGAUAAUGAUAAUACGGAUUAUAUUGAAAAUUCACCCGUGUUGGAAAAACCUUACCUUAAAAUGCUUAGGGAAGUUUUUGGUGAAAGAUUAUAUAUUGCUAAUUCUGCUUUAAAACGUGAUGCUGGAAAUUUUGAAACUGUAAAAUCUACACCAGAAUUUGGAUUUGGAGUUUUAUUAGCAAAACUUCAUGAACGUUCUCAAUUAGUGGAUCUUGUGACACGUGUUGCCAAAGACAAUUCUAUCAACGUUUCUGAAUCCCUUCAUACAGCAUUAUCACAAUGGCUUUUACAUAAAGAUGAUUCUAUUCUUUCAAAAAAAUAUGGUAACCAGAUUACAGAAAUUCUUACAUCAUCACCUCCAACUCAUCCUUCCAUUACGGAAAUUUUUCAAUCCAAAAAUUUGUUCGUUAAACCAUCUCAAUGGGUAAUUGGUUCAGAUGCAUGGGCUUAUGAUAUUGGAGGUUCUGGCGUUCAUCACGUAAUUUCUUCUGGAAAAGAUAUUAAUAUGUUAAUUAUUGAUUCACAACCUUAUACAACACGUACUGCAGCCGAUCCAGAAAAACGUAAAAAGGAUAUUGGUUUAUACGCAAUGAAUUAUGGUGACGUUUAUGUAGCUUCCGUAGCAAUAUAUUCUUCUUAUACUCAAGUUUUGCAUGCAUUAAUGGAAGCAGAAAAAUUCAAAGGUCCAUCAAUUGUUUUGGCUUAUCUUCCUUAUCAUUCCAAAGAGGAUACUACUAUUACAGUAUUGAAAGAAACAAAACUGGCCGUAGAUACUGGUUAUUGGCCAUUAUAUAGAUGGAAUCCUCAAUUGGAAAAGGAAGGAUUAGAACCAUUCCUUUUAGAUUCUGAACGAAUUAAGCAAGAACUUCAAAAUUUCUUGGAUAGAGAAAAUCACUUAACACAAUUAGUUCGUUCACGUCCAGAAUAUUCUCCAUUAGUAAUAAAUUCUCUUGAAUCAGAAAUUAAAACAAAACAAAAAUCUCUUGCAAAAUCAGCUUAUGAUAAAUUAUUAGGUGGUUUAACGGGUCCACCAUUAUUAAUCUUAUUUGGAUCGGAUAAUGGUAAUGCCGAAGGUAUAGCAAGAAGAUUACAAAAAGGUGCAACAGCUAGAGGAGUUAAUGCACAAUGUAUGGCAAUGGAUGAUUAUCCGAUUGAAGAUAUUACUUUAGAAAAAAAUUUAGUUUUUGUUUGUUGUACAGCUGGUCAAGGAGAAUUUCCACAGAAUUCGCGUGAAUUCUGGAAACAUGUUUCUUCUACUACGGAUAUUUCGUUUUCAGAGUCAAGAUAUGCAGUUUUUGGAUUAGGAGAUAGUCAUUAUUGGCCAAGAGAAGAAGAUGCAAUUUACUAUAAUAAACCUGGUAAAGAUUUAGAUGCAAGGUUAGAAUUAUUAGGAGGAGUAAGAUUGACACCACUUGGCUUAGGAGAUGAUCAAGAUGCUGAUGGAUAUGAAACUGGAUUUCAAGCUUGGGAACCUGAACUUUGGAAAGCUCUUGGAGUUGAAUUACUUGGUACAGUUGUUGAAGAACCUAAAAGAACUGAUGAUGAUAUGAAAGUGGAAUCAAAUUAUUUAAGAGGAACAAUUGCGGAAGGUUUAGAGGAUACUUCAACAGGUGCAUUAACUGAACGAGAUACUAAAUUAACGAAAUUUCAUGGAAUUUAUCAACAAGAUGAUCGUGAUUUGAGAGAUGAAAGAAAAGCUCAAGGUUUAGAAAAGGCUUUUCAAUUUAUGAUACGAAUUAGAGUUCCAGGAGGAAUUUCUAAAGCUAGUCAAUGGUUAGCUAUGGACGAAAUCUCUGAAAAAUAUGGAAAUAAAUCGUUGAAAUUAACUACUAGACAAGCUUAUCAGUUACACGGAGUUCUUAAACGAAACUUGAAACAAACUAUACGUGAUAUUAAUAAAUGUUUAUUGGAUACGUUAGCGGCAUGUGGAGAUGUUAACAGGAAUAUUAUGUGUAACCCAAAUCCACUUAUCUCUGGAGUGCAUGCAGAAGUACAAGAUUUCGUAAAGAAAUUAAGUGCACAUUUGUCACCGAGAACGACAGCAUAUCAUGAAAUCUGGUUAGAUGAUAAGAUGGUAGCAGGACAAGCCGUACAAGAUUUUGAACCAUUGUAUGGGCCUACUUAUUUACCACGUAAAUUCAAGGUUGCGAUUGCGAUUCCACCUAAUAAUGAUGUCGAUGUAUUUGCUCACGAUUUGGGUUAUAUUGCAAUUUCCGAUGAUAAUGACAAGCUUUUAGGAUAUAACGUGACAGUUGGAGGUGGAAUGGGUAUGACGCAUAAUAAUAAGAAGACAUAUCCUAAUUUGGGUCAGUUAAUUGGAUUUUGUAAACCAGAUCAAGCAAUUGAUGUUGCAGAAAAAGUGAUGUUGGUUCAAAGAGAUUUUGGAGAUCGUUCAAAUCGUAAACACGCAAGACUCAAGUAUACAAUUGAUGAUCGUGACUUGGAUUGGUUCCGAGAAGAAGUUGAAUCUCGAUUAGGAUUUAAAUUGGAUUCACCAAAAGAAUAUAAAUUUGAAAAUAAUGCGGAUAGAUAUGGAUGGACAAAAGGUGUUGAUGAUAAAUGGAAUUUUUGUAUGUAUAUAGAAAAUGGACGUGUUAUAGAUUUACCCGGAGAACCUAUAAAAACAGGAUUAAGAGAGAUUGCAAAAGUUCAUAAAGGAGAUUUUCGGUUAACACCAAAUCAACAUCUUAUAUUAGGAAAUGUAUCAGAGCAAGAUAAGGAACAAAUUGAACAAUUAUUGAAAAAAUAUAAUUUGGAUAAUUUACGAUUUACUGGUUUAAGAUUGAAUUCAAUGUCGUGUGUAGCAUUACCAACAUGUGGAUUAGCAAUGGCAGAAUCCGAAAGAUAUUUACCAACACUUGUAAGUAAAUUAGAAAUUAUUAUUGAAGAAUGCGGAUUAAGAGAGGAUGCGAUUACAAUUAGAAUGACAGGAUGUCCAAAUGGAUGUGCACGACCUUACGUAGCAGAAAUUGCUUUUGUAGGUAAAGCAAUGGGAACUUAUAAUCUUUAUUUAGGAGGAGGAUUUUAUGGGCAAAGAUUAAAUAAAUUAUAUAAAGAAAGUUUGAAAGAAGAUGACAUAUUAAGAGAAUUAAAACCUAUAUUAAACAGAUACGCUAAAGAAAGAAAUGAUGGGGAAAGAUUUGGAGAUUUUGUUAUUAGGAUGGGAUACGUUAAAGCCACAAAAAAUGGUAAAGAUUUCCAUGAAUUGUGAGAGAAUUUCGUAAACAUAUUUUUUAUUUAUUUAUAUUAUUAUUAUUAUUA